AUGCCACCAAAAGCAGAUUGGGAUAAAUAUGUGGCACCGGCAGAAGACGAGGAGAAGGAGCAAGAAAAGAUAGUGCCAUUGUCAGAGAGUGACAUUCAAGUGUUGAAGACAUAUGGUGCAGCUCCAUAUGCGUCAACUAUAAAACUGAUUGAGAAGGAUUUGAAGGAUGUCGAAGAGAGAAUAAAGGAAAACAUAGGUAUAAAAGAAAGUGAUACCGGAUUAGCUCCAACCCAUCUUUGGGAUGUUUUGGGGGACAAGCAGCGAAUGCAAGAGGAGCAGUCUUUGCAAGUUGCCAGAUGUACAAAGAUUAUAGAGCCAGUACAGCAAGUGGUGACCACACCAGGCUUGCAGAAUGCCGACACAAGAACUAAGUACGUCAUCAAUAUAAAACAGAUUGCCAAGUUUGUUGUUGGAUUGGGUGAAAGAGUCUCCCCUACAGAUAUUGAGGAAGGAAUGAGAGUUGGUGUUGAUAGACACAAGUAUGAAAUCCAAUUGCCAUUACCACCAAGGAUUGACCCAUCAGUUACCAUGAUGACGGUUGAAGAAAAGCCAGAUGUGACGUAUAGCGAUGUUGGUGGUUGUAAAGAACAAAUUGAAAAAUUGAGAGAAGUUGUUGAGUUGCCAUUGUUGAGCCCUGAGCGAUUCGUCAAGUUGGGAAUUGACCCUCCUAAAGGUAUUUUACUUUAUGGACCACCAGGAACUGGUAAGACAUUGUGUGCUAGAGCAGUUGCCAACAGGACCGAUGCCACAUUCAUUAGAGUUAUUGGAUCUGAAUUAGUGCAGAAGUAUGUUGGUGAAGGUGCUAGAAUGGUUAGAGAGUUGUUUGAAAUGGCUAGGACCAAGAAGGCAUGUAUUAUAUUCUUUGACGAAGUUGAUGCAAUUGGAGGAGCCAGAUUCGACGAUGGUGCAGGUGGUGACAAUGAGGUGCAAAGAACCAUGUUGGAGUUGAUUACUCAAUUGGACGGAUUUGAUCCAAGAGGUAACAUCAAGGUUAUGUUUGCCACCAACAGACCAAACACGUUGGACCCGGCAUUGUUGAGACCAGGAAGAAUAGAUCGUAAAGUUGAGUUUUCUUUGCCUGAUUUGGAAGGUCGUGCCAACAUCUUCCGAAUCCAUUCCAAGACUAUGAGUUGUGAGAAGGAUAUCAGGUGGGAGCUAAUAUCAAGAUUAUGUCCUAAUGCCACUGGUGCAGAGUUGCGGUCUGUUUGUACAGAAGCCGGUAUGUUUGCAAUUAGAUCUAGAAGAAAAGUUGCCAAUGAGAAAGACUUUUUGAAGGCAGUUGAUAAGGUCAUCAAGGGUAACUUGAAAUUCAGUUCAACUAGUGAAUAUAUGCAAUAUAAUUAA